AUUUGUUUUGCAUACAAUUAUUCAGUGGCUUACUGACAAACAUUUUAGCUGUACUACUGUCAGCUAAUACCCCUCUUCACUCAGCUCAGCUCGGCGCGUACGACACUACAAAUGUAUAUAAGCCAGCGAUUUCACCAAGUCCGACAGUAGCACAAACCCCGCAAUCUCUUAAGAACUUUCCUCUACUCUAGUCGAAGCUAUAAAAUAUAUCCAAAUCUACACAAGACCGAGAAAGAGACUACCUUAAAUCCCCGUCCGUCCACAUACCAAACAUGUCCAUCCCAGCUGCCGGUUUCCCUUCCGAAUGCCUCUCUACACCAGUCCAGCACGGACAACCGAUCAGCGAUAACACUCUCCGUCUCGCUUACAACCUCAACCGCAAUCCAAGCGCAAGCGGAAGUGGAGGUCCCCGGUAUGACGAGGUCCGAACGGACGAUGUGGAUUUUGAGGUCUAUGAAGAGGAGGACUGGACGGGUGUCGAGUUUGGAGGAUUAUUGAGUGGUUAUCUAUUCAAAGAAGACCCGGUAGAAGAUUAUGAACGCUAUCUGACAUCCGUGGACGUAGCAAGUACUAGACGCUUGGGCUAUACCUACGAUAGCCUCGUACCUCGGCUCCCCGACCCUGAACAAAAGACUAUUGCGAAGACGUCCGUGACCGGCGACGCAGUAGCAGCAAGGGUGCCAGCACAAAGGCCAUUUGUACGGGUGUCCGGCAUAGACCGGUCAACUGUCCAAGGGUCCUUUGCAAUCAGUGUUUGGGCUACUGAGCCGGGCAGCAACGACCAGAAGCUAGUUGGAAUUGAGCCUGUCUUCAGUCGAUGGCACGUUAGUGGUUGUGCUAACUGUCAGAAUACGCUCCGUGUCACCUCUCACAUUCCGAUACUAACCAAACUCACCGGGGAUGCCAAAGCUCUAGCCGCCGCCCACCAUAACCUCGAGAAGGCGAAGAGUCUUAAAUAUAAUAUCAAAUUAUUGACUUCGCUAAAGGAUAGUAUCGGCAAGGAGCAGCGAAGUGUUGGUGGUGAAAAGGGGACCAAGAGCUUUCAGAAGCCGCGGCUGAAUGUUGGGAUUAGCGUUAUGAGCUCGUGCAGCUCUUGACCUUGUCCCUUUGGUAUGGUCACUAUUUGGCGAGUCAUAUUUUCCAAUUUGCAGUGUUCACUUGACUGGCUACAGAAGGAUUCUCUGUCUUAGUAGUCCAAAUUUGAUUACUAGGUAUGUAAAACAGUAAAUGAAAGGAUUCAAACAAUAGAUCAAACUGAAUAGACACAAAAUGAUAAAAAGAAUGCUUCAUUGAAGCACAAACAAGGGGG